AUGGUUGAAAAGUGUCUUGAAGUAUUCAUGGAUGAUUUCUCUGUCUUUGGGGAUUCCUUUGAUUCCUGCCUUGACCAUCUGACCUUAGUUCUGAAACGAUGUCAAGAAACUAACCUAGUUUUAAAUUGGAAGAAAUGCUAUUUCAUGGUGACUGAAGGCAUUGUUCUUGGACACCGAAUUUCCAACAAGGGGAUAGCGGUCGAUCAGGCCAAAGUGGAGGCAAUUGAGCGAUUACCACCACCUGCUAAUGUCAAGGCAAACAGAAGCUUCUUAGGACAUGCUAGAUUCUAUAGGAGAUUUAUCAAAGAUUUUUCCAAAAUUGCGAAACCCCUGUACAAUCUCUUAGCCACUGACACUCCUUUUCAUUUUAAUAAAGAGUGCAGGGAUGCCUUCGAAACUCUGAAAGCAAAUCUUGUCUCUGCACCUGUCAUUUCUGCACCUGACUGGAACCUCCCUUCGAACUAA